AUGGCAGUAACCUUUCUGACAGAAUUUACUCUGCUGGGACUAGCAGACAUCCCAGAGAUUCAAAUUGUAAUUUUCAUACUUCUCUUCCUCACCUACAUAUUCAGCAUCAUUGGAAAUCUGAUGAUCAUCUCCCUUACACUACUGGAUUCUCACCUCCAGACUCCCAUGUAUUUCUUCCUCCAGGACUUCUGCUUCCUAGAAAUUUCCUUUACAACCACUUUUACUCCUAGGCUGCUAUUCAGCAUCUCAACUGGGAAUAAAAGCAUCAGCUUUUCUGGAUGUUUCACUCAGUAUUUCUUUGUUAUAUUUCUAGGGACCACGGAGUUUUACCUUCUGGCUGCCAUGUCCUAUGACCGCUACGUGGCCAUCUGCAAACCCCUGCAUUACACCACCAUCAUGAACAACAGGGUUUGUAUCCAGCUGGUCCUCUGCUCUUGACUGGGUAGAUUCUUAAUCAUCUUAACCCCGAUCAUCCUGACCAAUCAGCUGGAUUUCUGUGUCUCCAAUGUGCUGAAUCAUUAUUAUUGUGACUAUGGACCAAAAAAAGAAAUAUCUUGCUCAGACACAAGAUUACUAGAAUUGGUUGGCUUCAUCUUAGCAGUUGUGACGUUGGUGGUCACCCUGGUGCUGGUGAUGAUCUCCAACACAAGCAUCAGCAGGACCAUUCUGAAGAUCCCCUCUGCUCAGCAAAGGAAAAAGGCUUUUUCCACAUGUUCUUCCCACAUGAUUGUCAUCUCCUUCUCUUACGGAAGCUGCAUCUUCAUGUACAUAAAACCCUCGGCAAAAGGAGUUGCCUUCAAUAAGGGAGUAACUGUGCUCAAUACCUCAGUUGCUCCUUUACUGAACCCGUUCAUUUACACUCUAAGGAAUAAGCAAGUAAAACAAGCCUUUAAGGUUGUGGCUAGAAAGAUUGUCUUUCGUGAACAUAAAGACCUCAAACUCAAUGAAAAUUCUGGACAAUAUGCAUUAAAUUCUUCCCCAUGA